AUAUUUACAUUCCAUAUUUAAAUAAAGGAGAGUCAGCCAGAGUGACCUUUCUGGGGAACAUCGGGAUUCCAGAACCCGUGGCUAUACCUGUCAGAGCUGCCUUUGGUUGCAACAAAGCAACCUGUGAGUGUGAGCUGAGCCCAGUCAAGUUUGGGCUACAAGAUUUCCUGACUCCGUUCCCAUGGCACAAGUUUGACAUCACAGACAAGCAGCAGUUCUUCAGUCGACACUGGAACAACUACACAGACAAGUCUGCAGGCAAGAGUCAGGGCGUGGAGUCUGUGAAAGUUCUCAAGUGUAGUCGGCAGUCAUUGAUUGAUGUUUGGAGACCAGCCUUGAUCAAUUAUGAGGACAACCACAAGGAUAUCGAUGAUUACUUGUUCUUCCUGCCGCCACGAUUCCACCUUUUGUUUCAUGUACAGACGAGAGCUACUCCACUGGUGGUGCACAUAGCCUCUGACUACUGGCCUGUGCUAGGACACCUUGAUGACUACCUGGACAACUUGAGUUAA